AUGGCGGAGCCGACGGACUCGAGCGCCCCGCCUGGCGAAUCCACCAAUCCUGCGACCGAACCGAAUGCGCCAGCUGUUGAGACAGCCCAACCUUUAGCUCAGAAUGAGCCGCCUCCAGUGGAAACGAAUCAAUCCCCCGUGAAAACAAGCCAGGAACCAGCAGCGCCAGCAGAACCAGCCCAACCAGCACCGCCAGAACCGCCAGCGGAAUCAGCCCCCCCAGAAGUGAUACCAACACCAGAAGUGCUACCAAUACCAGAAGUGCCAGCAACACUAGAAGUACUAGGAACACCGGAAGUGCCAGCAGAGCCAAAUUUGUCUGCCGCAGGCCCACCACAGGAUGUGAGCACGUAUCAGUUCGAAGAAGCCACCCAGCCAGCACGAGGUCCAGAUGUGACUUUACCGUCUGUUGAAUCAUCACUUCCACCGAUUGAUCCAGCACUUCCAGCCAUGGACACAUCAAAUGGCUUCGAUGAUACAGAGUUGCACUCCUUUGAUGCGUUGCCUUCAAUAGGUUCAUCUGCGCCCCCCGAUAUGUCACUGCCUGCGAUUGAUACAAGUCUUUCAUCUCUCGACCAUUCCUUACCAGCGAUUGGAACCGAUGAUAUUCCAACAAUGGAUGGUCAUGAUUUUGGCGACGAUAGUCAUUUGGAUCAUCACGAUUCGAACGUCGGCAUGGCAGACUCUACGGGUGGGCAUGACAAUGGGACUUUGAAUGGUGCAUCUCACUAUCAUUCGACCAACGGUUCAUACCAAUAUUCGCAUAGUCCUGCUCAAUCACAACAACCAGGAAGCCAGCAGUCACCGCAGACGCAUACCCACCAGUUUCAGGCACAGCCGCAACAUUAUCAGCAAAACGACAUGUAUCACAAUUCCAGUUCCCAAGGACAGGUGCCACAGGCACCGAUUGGAUCGCCGCUCCCAAACAAUAUGCCUCCGAUGGCUUCUAUGGGACAAUACAUGGCUGGGUAUCCCUCUAAUAUGGGGAAUGCGCAAAUGCGAUAUCAACUCCCGGGGGACCCGAACAAGAUGUUAUCAGGGAAUAGACACAAGAAAGAAGUUAAGCGACGCACAAAAACCGGUUGUUUGACUUGUCGCAAACGAAGAAUCAAGUGUGACGAAGCACAUCCCGUCUGCAGAAACUGUGUGAAAAGCAAACGUGAAUGUUUAGGCUACGAUCCUGUGUUUCGGACUCAAGCAUCUACACCAUCAGCUAUCCAACCAGCACCUAACCCUCCUCCUUCGCUGGUUGUCAAUCCUCAAGGGCCUUCUGCUUCAUCAGUACCUUCCUAUCCUUCCUAUCCUUCUGCGCCUCCCGGGUACAUGCCCGCUUCGUCUCAACCAUUCGCACCUUCUCUCCACUCCGAAUCGCCCACUGCCUCUGCCGACCAACACGAGCACGGAGCUUCCAUUGAUUCGUCUUUGGCAACAAACCAUCAAUCCAAUCAUACAGAUAUGCAGAACACUGGCGUACCACGUCAACAGGGCUCAGAGCCUUCAUACAAAGCCAAAAACCUCUAUGUCAACGACCUCUUCUCUUUGAGGGGAAUCGCCCCUCCCCCUCCACACCCCGUCGCAACUCUUCCACCCGGCCGCCUCGAAGAGAUCCAGGCAGUUUUCCUGGCCACUUACGCGCCUGCGAUCGACAAGCUUCUCGAGGUUCGCUGGUAUUCAGAGAAUGCUCUCACAUUACUCAUGGCCGAUGCCCAGCUUAUGGCAGAUUAUUCGGCUUUGAUCAUCGCGUUCAAUGAAUGGGAUCUUCAAGACGGCGAAACCCUUGCUCGUCUAGAGAGUUUCGAGGCCUCAAUCAUCUGGAAAAGCAUGUCGUUGUGUCGCCAGGUACCGGAUGGGGAAACUGGACAACAGGGGCGAGACUGGAAUCUCUGUGUGUCUUGCGCACGGUUAAACGUGGUCGAGGCAUUGCUUACUUGGAACCACCUGGACUCAAACCCCUUGUCGCGGGAGCUGGUCAUGGAUGCCGCCAACCCCCCGAACACUCCAGAUCAGUUCCAGAGCCGCCAAUUGGAUUUCUGGGACCAGGUCGGAGAAUUCCUCACACUUUAUGACAACGAAGCAAGCUCGGCCAAGCAGAUCGACGACACCCUCAGCCGGUGUCGACAAUUGCUGGACACAUACGAGAACCGUGACAUCAUAUACUCCAUCUCUGUCGCCCGCCACCUAGGACAACGCUGGGCUGACUUCCCCAACAGCCUGCCCAAGGUGGGCUACACCACCGAGAAAGAGGCGGGAACUAGGCUCUUCGUCGCACAGAAGUUCCUCGAAGAAGAAGCCGAGGGCAAGGGCACAACCCAAGUCUACAAGCGGGUCUGCUGCAUGGCAGUCCGCUCAUGGUGGGUUGCUCGCGGGUAA